CUGCAUCAUUCCUACAUCUAGCCAUAUUACACUGCAUCUCGAAAAUAUGGCUGGUGUCGAGCAGUGUAUAACUGCCUUAUCCACGGCAUUCCAAGAAGGUGCCGACCUUAUGCAGGUUAUCCAAGAACGCAGGACCAAGAACGUGCGUCGGAGCAACGAAGACGAACGGGAGCAGGCAUAUGGAGAGAAAAUGCUUCACCAAGCGUUAGCCGACAGUGCAGAGAAGUGUCGUUCUGGGAGUGAACAACGGAAAUAUCGAUUUGGGAGUUCGUUUGGUGUAGGGGACAGCGUUGCAGUGUCGGAAUUCGGUCUGAUCAUGGCCAAUCUGCAGAUACAAGUCCUCAGUAUCUUGCAACAGAUUGUAGAUCUGGCUGAAGAGGAUACGACAAUGGCAACUUUGGAUGUUGUACGCUUGCACGAAGCUGUCAUUACGGCCAAGAGCAACACGCUCCGUAGUAUGGACGACUUGUGUCAACGCAUUGUAUAUGGCACGAAGAGGACGGAUGAGGGCCAGAUUCGACACUUCGGAUCCACGGAAUUAUUCGCACACCAGAACAUGAGCUCGUUUUCCAUCCAUGAUUCAGUCAUAGACUACCGGAAUCGAGUCGCUCAACAACAAAAUGCUUCAACCCUCCCGCUGGAUACUGCCGCACAUCGCAGACAUACAAUGACAGGAAUCGAAAAUUUCCAUCACACACAAGUGCAACAAACUCCCAGUCAACGAGUAUCAGCAACACUGCCAUCGUCGGAUUGUAUAUGGCCGAUAUCAAGAACCCGAACAACGACAUCAAUCUCAUCCACCAGCAGUAGCUGUAGAAGUGUGUCAUCGACCACUUCGAGUAUAUCCUGCAGAUCUUCGAUAUCGUUGCCUCCUAUCCCUCCGACUACAUUCCUCGAUCACAACAAUUACAUCAACACAACCACAACCACAACCACAACCACCAUCCCCACCGCUCCGAAACUCCAACGUCUCAGUAUCCCCGAAGCAACACCCUCUUUCCCCCCCGUCCACGAAUCCCACACCUCCCCCAAAAAAUCUCAUCGGAAACCCCUCAGUAUCCGAUCUCCAAUCUUUUUCUUCUCUCGGCGCGAUAAACUUUUAGGACCAGAUACCAAUCACCACCCUCCUCCACCUCCACCUCCUCAAACCAGUAAUGCUGGUUAUGUUACCAGCAAAAGUACACAUCCAGCUUAUAGAAACGACGACGAGAAGGAGAAGACGAAGACGAAGAAGGAGAAGAAAAUCAAAUCACCCACGACGAAAGCUCUACUCCCAACAACAAAAGAGAAUCCUUCCUUCCACGAUCAAAAAUGUUCUUCACCACCGAUUCCUCCUUCUGCUUCUUCCACUCCUUUAGCAAAGAGGACAAAAGCUUUCUUAGGAAGAGUUGUUGUUAGUCGGCGGUGGAGGAGAAGGAGGGAAGAAGACGAAUAAGACGAUUUGAGAAGAAGAGGAGAGGAGGGAAAGGGGAUUGAAUCGUGAGGUGAGGUGAGGUAAGGCCCGGUGGUUGGAAUUUCAUGUUUGCUCUGUAUGUAUGUAUGUAUGUAUGUAUGUAUGUAUACUUUA